UUUUAAAUAUGGCGGUCUAUUUAAGCUGUCAGGGCCCUGCACACCCUUUGGGUGUACUGUGCAUGGCUGCUGUAAACACUUCUGCUAAUGUUUUAUAACGUUAGCAUUUUAAAGUCAAGUUAGCCUGCCAACAGUCUGAUUAUGUUUCCUACGGGUGGCUUUGUGUAGGAAAUAAUCAUGCUAAUGCCACACUUAAACACUAGCUAGCUUACUUUAGUCCUGUUUCCUGUUCUGCUGUCAUGUCUUCCCAAAGGAUUUACUUUCUGCUGAGAUGCAGAGCAUCACAGCUUCACUCCACCAAAUGCUCAAAAAGCAGGGUGUGAAGGGAAAUGGACUGGACUUCAUCUGACACCUGAUAAGGAGCUUGAGCGCAGCAUGGACACCAGCAGGCGUGGAGCCAAAGAUACUCAGCGGCAGCAUAUUCAUGAUGAGUGCUGAGAGGUGGAAAGGCUCGCCACACAUCUGACUCCAUGUGCUACCGCUUAACAAUGGGAGACUCAUGGCCGGACUGAGACUGAGCACUGAACAUCUUCCCUGGAAGAUGGCCUGUGGUUCUGUGUUCACUAUCUUCAUUGACUCCCCUCUGCUUGUCAGGUUGAUCAUGUGAUAUAUAACAACACUGGCAUUUCACAGUGAGCAGAGUUAAAUCAAAGUCAGCCACAGGUUUUAUUGGAGUUAUCCAUUAGUCUGGGAAUUCACAAUGUGAGCUCACGAGUAACAUUAAACUGCCCUGACCUGUUUAGGUACAUCUGCUGGUCUUUGCUCUUAUUCUCUGCCAGUUUUUUUUCAGGGCCAGUACUCGUAGAUAAUGACAUUACCAUAGUGAACUUGACACCAGGGGAAAAAAUAUGAACAAUAAUGAUAUCCUAGGCCCAUAUUCUUUGUCGGUGAUGUGGUAAAUCUAGUGAUACUGACACACUCUGUAGUUGCGAUGGCUGUUGCCUCCUCUCCAGAGAAGGAUCAGCCCCUCCUCCAGCUCCAGAAGGUGGAUUCCAGUCGAGUUGGCAGUCGUGUCCUCUCCCCGAUCCUCAACUCCCCCCUGGAAACAAGCCAGCCCAUCUGUAUCCCCUCCCCUUACACCGACCUCGGCCACGACUUCACCACCAUACCUUUCUACAGUCCAGCUAUCUUCAGUUAUGCUGGUCCGGGCGUUUCAGACUGCCCCUCCGUCCAUCAGUCACUAAGCCCCUCCAUAUUUUGGCCCAGCCGUGGCCACGUGGGGUCCCCCAUACCCCUGCACCACUCCCAGGCUCGGCCUCAGCAAAGACAGCCAAUCCAGAGUUCAUGGGUGGAGCUGUCACCGCUGGACAGUGUCUUAACAACCAGUAAGAGUGUGAGGAGGCGUUCUCAGGAGAGCGAGGAGGGCGUGGUGUCAUCUGGCAAGAAGGCGGACCUCCACUACUGUGCUGUGUGUCACGACUACGCCUCAGGCUACCACUAUGGCGUCUGGUCAUGUGAGGGGUGUAAGGCCUUCUUCAAGAGGAGCAUCCAAAGACACAACGACUACAUCUGCCCAGCAACUAAUCAAUGCACUAUAGACAAGAACCGCCGUAAGAGCUGCCAGGCAUGCCGCCUUCGCAAAUGCUAUGAAGUUGGUAUGACCAAGUGUGGAAUGCGAAAGGAGCGGGGAAACUACAGGAACUCCCAGACGGGGCGAGUGACCCGUCUGUCCUCCCAGGACACAACUAACGGACCAGCAACCUUAACUGGGCCAGCAGUGGAUUUGCUAAUUACGCCCCACCCUCCUGCACUGACCCCAGAGCAGCUGAUUGAGCGGAUAAUGGAGGCGGAGCCACCAGAGAUCUACCUCAUGAAGGACAUGAGGAGGCCGUUGACUGAAGCAAACGUCAUGAUGUCACUCACCAACCUGGCUGAUAAGGAGCUGGUUCACAUGAUCAGCUGGGCCAAGAAGAUUCCAGGGUUUGUAGAGCUCCGUCUCUUGGACCAGGUGCACCUGUUGGAGUGCUGCUGGCUCGAGGUGCUGAUGGUCGGACUGAUGUGGAGGUCAGUCGACCAUCCAGGGAAACUUAUCUUCUCCCGUGACCUCAGCCUGAGCAGAGAAGAGGGGAGCUGUGUCCAGGGCUUCACGGAGAUCUUUGAUAUGCUGAUAGCUGCCACGUCCAGGGUGAGAGAGCUCAAGCUCCAGAGAGAGGAGUACGUCUGCCUCAAGGCCAUGAUCCUCCUUAACUCCAACAUGUGCCUCAGCUCCUCAGAGGGCAGCGAGGAGCUGCAGAGUCGCUCCAAGCUGCUGCAUCUUCUGGACGCUGUAACAGACGCUCUGGUGUGGGCCAUUGCCAAAACCGGCCUCACCUUCCGCCAACAGUAUACCCGCCUUGCCCACCUGCUCAUGCUGCUGUCACACAUCCGCCAUGUCAGUAACAAGGGCAUGGACCACCUCCACUGCAUGAAAAUGAAGAACAUGGUGCCUUUGUAUGACCUGCUGCUGGAGAUGUUGGAUGCCCACAUCAUGCACAGCUCCCAUCUGCCUCGCAGGCCCCCACAACAGGAGUCCGAGGACCAGUGGGAGGCUCCUGCUCAGCAACACAGCUCUGGUAACGGCCCCUCAAAUACCUGGAUUCCCAGCAGUAGUGGAGGUGAACUGCAGUAGUCGGAUGCAAUAAAUUUUCACCGCUUUGCAAAAAAACUAGUUCACAAGACUGAGACGUUUUACUGGUUUUUCUGCAGCGUGCUGAAUUGUGUGAACUCAUUAGUGAAACUUAAGUUUUGACACACUGUGCACUAAUUCUAGUAAACCUUUCAAAUCUUCAAAGUUGCAUCUUAAGACUGUUUACUGUGCAGACAGAGUAUUCAUUACCUUACCACCAGAUAUUUAAAAGCCAGAGAUCCUGAGAUGUUACCAGAGAUGAUAAAGCUUGAGCCAGACAAUCUCAUGAUAAAGGCAGUAUGAGAUAAAUAUAUAAAUAAUGUCUUUCUAACCAUUUAUUUAAUUAGUCUAUGCAGUCACAAAUUUACCAUUGUCCAAGUCCGGUAUUUUUAUAUUUUUCUGGAAGCCCAACAGAGAAUGCUGUGUGUAAAUGACUGAAGAGAUAGCCAAGGCCUAUGAUAUGAUAUAUACAGAGACGCAAUAGAGUUUCUGUUAUAUAGUGGAUUUUUGAAUCAAUGUGAUGUAUUAUUUGUCACAAACUAGAUAUUCCCAUCCAGUCACUUUACCUAUGUAAAAGGUUAUAGAAUUGAAAUUCCAGAUAAUACUUUAUUAUAAUAGCAUUUUUCUAUCCUAAAGGAAUUGACAUUUUGGUAAAUAAUCUUACUCGCUUUCUUGUUGAGCGUUAGAUGAGAAGAUCGAUACAAAUCUCACAUCUGUACGUUAAAUAUGUAGCUGGAGCCUACAGCCGGUUAGCUUAGCAUAAAGACUGGUAACAGCUAGCCUGGCUCUUUCCAAAGGUAAAAAAUCUGUCUACCAGCACCUCUAAAGCUCACUAAUUAACAUGUUAUAUACUGUUUGUUAAAUCUGUACAAAAACACAUGACAUUUUUACACUUUAGUUUUUGUACAGGUUAAACAAAUGAGAUGUGUUAGUGAGCUUUAGAGUUGCUGGUAACAACGGGUCCUAUGUAAGCUAACCUGCUGCUGGCUGUAGUGUCAUUUACUGUACAGACAUCAGACAUGGUUUCGAUCUUCUCAUCUAUCUCUUGGCAAGAGGACUGUAUUUCCUAAAAUGUUAAACUAUUCCUUUAAUACAAAGUUACAUGUACUGUGAUAGAAGACCUUAUCUGUGGGAGAGAUGUGCACCAUGAGAUGAAACAGUAUUUUAUUAGCAUUCAACAGCUACAGCUCCCAUGAGAGUUUGGCUGCUUGCCUGUGGCUAAAAUAUGGGAGCUGUUUUAUCUUGGUUAAAGGUGGUCAAUUUUUACUGUUCAGCACAGUAGAAGAGACCCAUUUGGCUUUGAAUAUAGACAGACAACUUCUCAGUAAGGUCAUUGAAAGAUUGGAUUUAAGCACUAAGAUGAUUAUUAUUAUUUUUUUUACUGUAGACAACAAACUGACAUCAAAAACAGAAAAUUGAUAAGUUUUGUCAGUAAUGUUUCCAGUCAGGCACAGAAAUCCGCUAUAUCUUAAUUCUGUUGACAAUUAAAUUUUUUAUGUGGCUUUUUCAAGCUGUUGUUGCGUCACAGCAAACCUCCUGUUGACCACUAGAGGGCGCUUUACAGCACAGUCACACACCUGAGGGCCUUUUCCAGAUUACUUAAUUGUCACUGUACAGUCCUGGCUUUAUUGUCAAAGACAUCUCACUUGUUUCCUGUGAAGACAACUCUUGCUCUUAAGACAACUUUGCUUUCAUACCUGCCAAGUUUUGCUUGAAGAAAAGUUACUUUUGUAUCAUAGAACUCGCUACAGUUAGCCAUUGUGUGCACAGCGCCCUUCUUGAAGGAUAACUGCAAGAAGGGCGCAUAAUAUGAAAAUAUGUAGACUUUGAAAACAUGCCCCCAUGCACUUCUGUACCAGUUCAGUCCUGUCUGCUUAGUGCUUCUCCUCCGGUCACACUCUAUAUAUCACUAUACAUCGCAAACUGUACUAUCACUGUGUACAUGUAUUUAUGUUCCCAGAAAAGGUAAUGUACCUGGCUCAUUUCUGGUGGUCACUUUUAAUGAUGUGUAAACAGGUAAACAUUAUCUUCAGGGUUUUGAGAUGGCAAGUGUCGAAGAUCUUUUUUUGUUGUCGUAUGUUUAUACAUUCACUCUGGUUCACACCAUGAAAUAAAGCAAAUAUAUUGUACAGAUAAUA